AUGGCUCUCAUAUCUCCCAGCAACCUGUUGUCCCUUCACCGCGCAAGUGGCGACCAGACUGCGGCGCUGAAUGCCAACCCAUCCAGGAAAUAUCGUUAUGUUGAUAGCAAGAGCAAGGAGCAGCCGCUAGAUAUCCCAGAUCCAGCCCUUUUUAAAGAUCUAAAUACAGUUAACCAUGGAUCACCAACCUUUCCGUCGAUCAGCGAAUGUGCCAUUCACCUUGAAAUGCUUGAAGCGUUCCACACCCUCCGCCAUGAAGUCAUCCAUUCUCCCCAGCUCGACGUUGCCUUCAAUAUCUCUCCCCAGCCAACCACCAAGUACCGGGUGAAGAAAGACACGCGCAGAAGUCGAAACCGCCAAGUUGAGACUGUGUCCAUCGCGGACUCUCGUUUCCCCGAUAGACGAAAGCAGAAAUGGACGCACUUUCUGCACAUUGCGGCGACGCGCUUCCGUCAGUGGAUACAAGUAGUUGACACUCACCUCGAAAUGGCACAGCUCAGCAGCCAUGCCCCACGUUACCUGCUCCUGCCGCCACUUGACGUCCUGAUGAUAUGGCAUGCGUUUCUCCUGAACUGCGAUGAUUUUAAGGAGCACUGCGCCUCUUACAACCUCAAGCAUGUCCAGAGCAUUGAAUUCCCAUGGUCAGAUAUUCAUGCCGCCAUCGACUCGAAUAGCUGGACCUAUACUCUUCCGAAAGAACAUAGUGACUGGCUUCUUACAACCCACAAUAUCCACGGAGACUUGAUCACAACAUUGUCAGAGGAGGCAAGCCAACCCUGUCUGAUUCAGAAUCUGUUGCACGCAUUCUAUGAGCCAAAGGCCCGUUUCGAAUCUCCCGACGCUUCCCACUUAGCCCAGACCCUCAGGAAGGCUCGUCAGAUGCAAGACCUGAACACCCCGCUUGUCCAGAAUGUCGAACGCCAGUGUGUCUUUGUUGACAAGAUGCACGCCCACCGCUGGAUUUGCAGUCCAGCCGUCAACGGAACCCUACGUCGGGCAAUCGACCGUUACGACAAUUUUCUCCAUUUGUUCAGGCUCUACCCUAAUAAAUUCCUGGUGCCAACGCUUGAUAUCGACCUCGUCUGGCAUACGCAUCAAUGCAGUGCGGUUAGAUAUAGAACGUUCGUCACUGAACGUGUUGGAAGAUUCAUCAACCACGAAGACAAGAUCGGUCGUGGGACGCUGGAUGACGGAUUCACAAAUGCAGAGCAGUGGUACAGACUUCAUUACGGCAAGGAAUACCAGGUAUGUCUAUGUUGGUCGUGUGAGGCAAUCUUGUCAGCUGUGGAGGAAUUGGAUGAAGAUGUUUUGGAUGAUCCUGAUCCGCAGAUUGGGGGCCUGGUGACGGAUAUUGAAAGGAAGGUUCAUUAUUACCGCGAGAUGGAGAUUGCGAGAAGGUUGGGGAGGGAAUUGCCAGUCUGGAAUCAUGAUUAG